AAGAUUAUUCUCUCAAUUCAUUUUCAUGGUUUCAAAGGCUCUAGCUAGAGGUAAACUGCUCAGUAACCAAUAGUUCUGGGACUCACAAGUCACAAACCUGGUUUUUUUUAAGCAAAAGCAUGCUUUAUAAAGUGUGUAAUGUUAUUUAAAUUCCAAUGUCUUGGUUGCUAAUUUAAAACCGAGUUUCAAGGUUACCUGUCCUAGGGAAAAUGAAUUCAAACGAAAUUAACGAAGAAUUGAACUUGAAAGUUCGUAAUCAACUUGAAUUUGCAAUUGCUUGUUGCUCUGGUAUUAAACUUAGUGACAAUAACUUAUGCCAAUUUUGUGGCAAAGAAGUUUCUAAAAAAAACCUAAGGCGUCAUGAAAAGCAAUGUCCAGAAAACAAAACAAAGUUGCAAUUUCAAUGUCAAAUUUGUAAAAUUGUUUUAGCAAGAAAGGAUAGAUUAAAAACUCAUAUUCAGAGGCAUGAAGAGAGAGGAGAAGACAAGUAUUUCUGUCAAAACAUCAGUUGUAUGUAUGCGGAAUGUGAUAUAUCCUUUGCUCAAAAAACACACCUGAUAGAGCAUCUUACAAAAAAACACGGACUUUGCUUUGAAGAUCCGAAAAUCAUCAGUUUUAAUAACAAGGAAGAGUUUGAAAAAUGGAAAGAAGAAGAAGAAGAAAAAAGUUUUUCAUAUUACUCCCAGCAUUCUGGUAAGAAAGUUCGUGGAGACAAUGAAUUUAUUUACUUCUACUGCCAACGUGAUACGCCAAGUAUAACUGAGCAAAGCUUUUAUCGCAAAACUAACCGGAAGAGAAAAAUUGGUCAGGUGAAAACCGGGAAUCGAUGUGUUUCUAUGAUGCAAUUAAAAUUAGAUAAACAUGGUAAAUAUGAGGUAAAGUAUUUUCCUACUCAUAGUCAUCCUUCAUCAAUUGAAGACUGGAAAUUCCAUCCUCAGUCUAAAGGUGUGAAUAAAUAUAUUGAAGAGCAGAUAGCACUUAAUGUACCUCCUGCGCAAAUUGUACAGUCUUUGAAAACGCCAGUGACCAAAGAAGUGGGAGAUGAUACAAGUCAAAACAAAUUAACCAAAGCCCAGUUAAUAACGAAGAACCUUGUGAGAUUAAGAGCUUACAAGAAGAGGCGAGCUAAUGGAGAUAUUGAAAAUGAAAAUCACGAUAUCAUGCAAGUUAACUCUACGGAUUGUAUGAAUUUUCUACCAAUUGAAAUUGGAGCUGAUGUGGAACUCCAUACAAGCUCCAUUCCUGAAGCAAGUUCCAGUAUAAAUGUAGAAGAAAAACUUCAGUUGUUGUUAAGUUUAGUAAAUAGUGGAAAAUUGCCUAAUGAAAUUAUCGAUGAAAUAAGCGCAGGCCUUGAUGAAUUAAUCAACAAAUGUUAGGUGUUUGUUUAAUUUGGGUGAUAAGAAUUGUGUUACAAGAAUAAAACAAAUAUCUCCAAGUACAUUUAAUUAUUUAUGGAAAUAAUAAUUCCAUCCAACCAUUCUAAAAACUAAAAAUAUACCUAAGAUGAUUUCACAUGCAGAUAUAGGGCGGUAAGAAUUAAGUACAGUACCACCUUCAAAAGGAAGUCUGCAACAAAUUUAUUACCGUAAUGUUAAUUGUAAGAAAUUUAGGUACCUCUACCUGUGUCGUUACAAAGUGAGUAACCAAUUAAAUUCUUUUCAUAUAAAUAGAAUAGUAUUACUUUACAGUCUUUACACUUUUAAAUUAACAAUGCCAAUGUAUAAAACAAAACUCCAAAAAAUAGUUAUUUUACAAGAUUUUAACAUUUGACUUGAAUCUCACUUUAUUUACAUUAAAAAAUAACACAACAACAUGGGACUGAAUGGACAAGAAUCACUUUAUCUUACAUUUUAAACAUUGUUGGUGUUAUUACUGUGUCUUAUAUUUAUGGUGGCAUUUGUAAAGUCGACAAAACGGGAAAAGUAAGUGGUUUGAAUGAGCAUUAUUUUAUUGGUUUGAAAAUAGACGAAGUAUUAAUUCAAUGGUUUUAACAUGUUUAAAAUAUUUUUCACUGAUUUCUGUUUUGUCUUUUAUUUACUGGGCAACAAACACACAACAACACUUAAACUUCAAAUUUGGGACUAAAUUUAUCCUUUCAAUUUGAUUGUUUUAUUGUUUGCCAUGGUAUCAGGUUUUUGACUGAGAAAUAGUUCAGUUUCAUUUUCCUAAGUUUGAUAGAUUAUUUUGGUGACUGUAGUAUAGUAAAUACAAUUAAUUAUAGUAAUUAAUUUAUUUACUGCCAAAACACUUUCAUUGUUAGACAGGGUUCAAUAGCCUUGGAAGGGUGUGUGGCCAGCUAUAGUUCGGCCGCUUAGAAAGCGACCUCCUCUAGCAUUGGUUUAGCAUUAGCGCGCAGGUCGUUUUCUAACCGGCCGAACUAUAGUAAUCUAACUUGUGAUUCAUUUUUUUGUGUACAGAUAAAUAUUUCUUUAAAUGUCCCCUUUUUGUUGGUCUAUGCUUAUUAUAUUUUACUACAGUUGAAGAUUUGUAUCAUAACAAUAAAGGUUUAAAUUACCUGUAUCCGGCAA